CCAUUUUCCUUUAUGCAUCUGCUAUAAAAACGACUUUUAGGGGGCCGUAAUAGGCGGAAACUUGAAUCAAAUUCCCAAUAAGAACAUUGCGCAAAUAACAAGCUACCAUGUGCCUAUUGGGCUGAAGAUUUACCAAUACCUCGGCAGUCCUAGGAGCAGAGUAUUUUUUUGCCUGUAGGGCUGCCUGUCUCUGAGAUAGUAUUGGUAGGAAAAAGCACGUACAACUUCGCUAUAAACGUGGUAAUAUGCGCUCCAGCUUGGCCCGAGUAACACCACCUCGGUGCCACCUUCGAAAUGCAACAUUUGCUGCCAACAAAGCAUCCAUGCAGCGACCUCCGUUGUUACUCCCACGUGCAGCCUCGUCUGCAACCCGGUGAAAUGCAGAUAACACCGAUAAAGGCACGGAGAGAAAAAAAAAGACCAUCCUGAGACCCAAACAGUGGAUCGAAAAGUUAUGGACGAUGAAUCCGGCACAUAUCCAGGGACGGUGGCACUCCAUGCACCAUAAUAUCUGCUACAUUUCCAUUUUCGCUUCUUCUAGUCUUUGCGACCAACACUACAAUCCAAACUUUCAUUGACGAAUGUUCUUCCAAUCAUAUUUGUUUCACUCGCUUUUUAACUAAAUGUGGUUGUAUGGGCCUGGUUUGUGGACCCAAGUUCUGGCCAGCUGAGGUUGGCCUCAAUGGGCGUGCCCCCUCGUUUGUAUCACCCUUUUGCACUGCUAACUGGACCGUUUGCUUUGGUUGGUGCUAAACAAAUUAUUGCUCUGCCUUGAGAUUUUUCCACUGCCAUCCCUCGGCACAGUCUUUGUCUCUCCAUUUCUGUUUCAACUACCGUCAUUUCUUUUGCCCGACCUUUCCUUGAUUUCCAUCCACUACAAUGUGCCAUACUUGAUUAACUGCGCUUCUGCCCUCCCCCCAGUUGUCCUGUUCUACUGCUUCAUUUUCCUUUCCCUUUGACUUUUUUCUUGCUCUCUUCCUUACUGGUCAUCACUCGUAACAGUUCGGACUGGAUUGCCCGACCUUCAACAGACUGGCCUGUACGCACGGAGCUCAGAGCCCCAAAAAGCUUUACUUGAGGCUUUCCUCGAUCCGUCAUGUCGAAGCUCAAGGUCAAUGCCGAACUGGCUCUGAAUAAUCUGCUCUACUUGGUCCAUCAUGUUUUUUUACCCCCAAAGCUUCCCAGCGGCGAUGAUUGUUCUGCCAAAAAGGAGGCCGCCAUGCUCUCGACCGUCCAUGAUGCGCUCGUCGAUUUCAUGGGCUGCGUUUCGCCAGAUCAACGUGCAGUGGUGGCGUCUGUGGUCAGCAUGGUACAGGUAACGAUUGAUGUUCGAUCCCAAGGCACUGUUCACCUUGAUGAGGGCGAGCUCAACAGAAACCUUCUCGAUAUGGUAGACGGAAAGCUAGGAUCUGUGACACUCCACAUCGUCAAACAGAAUGCUGGGGUUAUGAUCACCAGAAAUCUGGAUAAGAUGCAGCUCGACCUUUUUGAGCUGUCCCCACUCGACAAACAUACAAUGGCAUCCCCCGGGAGGCUUCGGCGUUAUUUCCCAGGUGUUGCAAUCGACAUGCGCACGGAGGACUUUGUUAGCAAAACUGACUUCGUCUCGUCGAUUUCCUCCAUGCUUUACAAGCUGGCAUCUUCCAUAACACCUGGUUCCCAGCCCAAAGUUAAGAAAGCAGGACAGUAUCAUGAUGAGCAGCGCGACACCCCCAGCCCGCACCAUGUGACAGAGUUCAUCACAGCUUUCCUUGGCCCUGUGACACAACCAGUCAAGGACGCAGGACUUUGGAAGAACACCCGAGACGAAAUCAUGUGGGAUGACGAGCGCAUGCCCUGGAGGCGGUCGCCGCUUUGGCUUUUACUUCGUGUCACGAUGCAACUCAUUUAUUCUCGACAAUCACCAAAUGAUGGCUGGCUCACGUAUAAGGCCUUCAUACUCUAUUUUUCCGCCCAAAUCCUCCAUAUAGCCACGGAUAUUUGCCUGGGCAGCGACUACUUGGAAAUCAUGCGACUAAAGGUAGCUCGUCGGCGGUUUAAGCUGACCGCCACUCAAGAUUCUUCCUCACAAUCCACGCUGCCAGAAGCUGUCAUCAAGGUAGUUAAUGAUGCCCUUAUAGGUGCAAUAAAUGAGCUUCGCUUGCGUCGGCAGCAAAUCUCUGUAUCUUUGACGCCACCCAAAAACCUCUUACGGCUUGAGAAACUUCACCUUGAGGAAGAUGUCCUCCAUACGCUUCCCAUGCUCGACUCUUUUCUCGAGUCGAUUUCAGACCGUGAGCAACUUUCCACCCAGGGAAUAUUCAGCAAAAGUAAUUACAUAUCGGCUUUACCACAUGAUGUUCUGCCAAAUAUCAGUGCGAUGGGGAUGCCAGGGGACUAUGAUCUUUUCAAUAUCCACUCGGUUGAAGCUUGGGUCGCAAACCAUCUUGAGGGCUGGACUGGCAAGCAUAUUGAUAAGGAAGAUACCUGCUCCAGGCUUUCUACUCUCAUUUGUGAUUAUCAAUCCACCGCAAAUGAAGUUUACCGGGCGAACCCAAAGGCCGUUUCGAUGACUGUGCUGACCAUCAUGGAGCUUUGGAUCGCCUGCGACAAGUCAGUCAUCUCCCACAACCCACUUCUGCGCGAAUAUAACCCCCAAAUACCGAUGCACCUGUUGCAGUCGGUGGUUUUGCCUUUUAGCCGAGACAUGAUCAGACUCCAAAAGGUUGAGCUAUACCUUUGUCAGAGAUCUCAAGACGCCGACGGGAAGCUUCCUUACGUUUUUGAUUCUUUUGGCCAUCCACAGUCCUUCGCGGUUCGACACUACGCUCGGUCCUGGGCGUUGCAGACUUCUCUCUCUCUUAUAGAAGACCAGGCAACCAAGAAUCGAGAGAAAAAGAAGCAGGAGCUGUCCGAAAUCAAGGCGCAAUACUCUUCGCUGAAGGGGGACUACGAAAGGUUGGAUUGCGAUAAAGUAUUCGGUGUGAGCCGUUAUGGGAGGCCAUAUACAUCCCAUCCGAGCUGGUGCCAAAGGUGGGCCACGUAUAAAAAAAUGGACUCGUUAGAAAUCGACAUUUACGAGUGGCCGUUACCUCAGGAACCUCUGAAGGCCCAGUCAACAGUAUUUAAGCUCCAGCUUCCCAGACAUUUCGCGGCGUGGCGAGACGCGACUUUGCUCGUACAGCUAAAAGUCUUCUGUUGCGAGUACAACGGGUCCGGUGACCGUCGCACCGAUCAAAACGACCUGUUCAAAUACGAGGCUCUCUCCAAGCACCUCUCCUGGCCUCCAGGAGCCAAUCGAAUUGUUCUAUCUAGUUCGACCAAACCACAUUUCCGCACACACAGGAGAACCGUUCCCGUUAAUCUUUCCGUUACCAAUAGUGAUGUUUGUCUAAACAAUGGUAUGACAUACCACUUGUUCGAUGAUGCAACCUCGACCAAAUCAGAUCUCUCCCAGCGCAAGGUCUUGGAUACCUUGUCCCGCAGCUGCACAUACCAGUCUGCAGUGGAUUCUUUGAACAAAUUCUUGUACCGCCCAAGCAUGAGGCCCGAUGGCCUCUCCUCCAACACUGUCAUCGCGAAUCAGUCUGAGGCCCCUGAUCACAUCUCAGUUUCCGAAUUCAAGUCACUUUGCUCGCUACCAUCGGGCAACAAGCUGCAGUGGCAGAACAUUCUUCUACAGCUCUCAAUGCCGGAAGUCGAUUUUCGGAAGCCCGAGACAAGCUUUGCGCUGUGGCAAGUCAUGUAUCAGGCCGGUCCACCCUCGGAUUCGACCACACAUGACGAAAAAGCGGACCGCGAUCUUCGACAGGGUCACUUCACUGUCAACGAUGAAACUUUCUGCCAUGAGCUUAUCAACCGUCUUCGGCAUGCCUGUGCCCGUGUGAAACAAAACUGGGAGUCGUGCCAAGCUUUGGCAAACUUCGCCGCCGUAGCCACGCGAGUGCUUUCACUUUCUUCUUCUCCCGCAGUUCACAUUGCAUCUUUAGACUUUCUUGCCGAGGCUCGCCGGAAUGCAUUUAACUGGCUGAAAAAGAUUAGAACAGACUCCCAGACUGUCGCCGAAGAUUUCCGGCAGGAACUCAUGUCAAAAGCUUCCGAGAUUGGCCUUAUCUGCCUUUCCACCUUUGAUGUGGAAGAGCCCCAUCUCAAAACGCUUCUAGCCAAGUAUGAAGAUACAUCCGUAUUUAUUCAGGCUUGCAUGAGCGCUCAAGAGUGUCUUAAACCCGGCGUAUAUGAUGAAGGCUCCAUCAUGGCUUUCUUCGUGGCAAGGUGGAGGAGGCUCUGUCACCGCGCUCUUUCAUUCAUGACUUUAGCUGCUGGCGCCUUGGAGAACAACCCAUUCGAUCAUGCGAUCCAUCAGUACUGGCCGGUAUAUCAAGCGGGUAAAGAUUGGAAACCUGUGAAAUCAGUGAGGUACUGGAUCGGUUCCGAAAUCUCGGGGAUUCAUGGUCGAUCUUUGCCUGUGCAUUACAAUCUUCUGACUGGCGAGCUACUGGUUAAUGGUGUCCCACUAUCGCGCGUCUCCGCAGAGUACGAGGCACAUCCAUCAUAUCAGCUGCUAUUCGGUGAGAGCAUUCUGGACGUCAUGCCUUCCAAUUCCCCCGGAAUGCAGUUCUCUGCCAAGGCUCUUGUGUGUGGACACAAGCUCAACUUAGGCCUCGAAGGUCCGAACGGCAAGGAUUUAAUCGUGGCUGCAGAGAAAGAAGAGGAGGACAAAGGAGGACGAUCAGUCAUAUGGCAGCUUGUACCCUCCAGGGUGUUUGGUCAAUUGCUGCCUGCCUCUUUUGUUGACAGCCACCUUCACUGGUACGACCCUUUGUCUGAGACGAUAGAGUUCCGACCUCUUGGGACGCAGUGGACGUCCUCCCCACAAAAUUGGGUCUUGUUCAAGUACGGAGAGAUGUGGAAAUUACGAAAUGCCACCCACCAGCUUGUUUCUCGAUCAAGCGGAGCCCUGAGAGCCAUGGCAGCCAUCUUCCAUCCUCUCGAGGAUCUCUCAUGCCUUCACGUGUCGGUUGCUACAAACAGCUCAAUUCUUGACAUUGAUCUCCCCAGACUACAUCUUGGAUUUAGUGUUCAAGCUGGGUCAACUGAGGUUUUCUCUCGGCAGUUUCGUGGGAUGCAUAUUGAUCCCUCACAAGCGGUCGAGACACUGAUGGGGCUUCGCAACAAGCUCAUUCUCAUAAACGGCACUGGGGAUAAGCGAGCAAUCUUGAUUCCUGACGGCGAAGUUUCUUGCUUUCCCUGCAAGCAUCCAACAAACAUCAGUGCCACUCAUGUUGAAGUUUUUGUCGCCAAAGGCAGCUCGGCACGAGUUCAUUGUUACAAUAUCGACGAGCAGCUGGGCCGUCUCGUGGACAACGGGAGCUUUAGAAGCAAGAUUUACAUCGCCUACCUGCAUGCUCUGACAUCCUUUUGUCUCCCAGACAAGCUGACUGGAUAUACAGGCACCGAGCAGGCGCUUUUGAUUUUGAGCUCAGCAGCAGCAUUCUCUGUUUUUAAUCUAUCCGAAGCUGACGGAAAUAUACUGCUAAACAUAGCAUCGCUCACGCCGUUGCGAGGCUUUUACCCAAAGCACCUUAAGGAGAUGCAACAGGUUCAAUGGGAUAAAAGGCUGGGCUUCCUUUCUCAGCACAUUCAUUUUCAUGCCAGAGUGAGGGGUUUGCUAGAACAGGCGGACCGCCAGCUCGACAUCAGCCCCAGGUUCGUUAAGAAACUCGAUUCUUUGCGAAAUUCGAAUCCGAAACUUACCAAGCGGGACAUGAUCAACUGCUCCUGGUCACGAGUGCCCGGCUUUGGAGCCGAGGAGUUCGCAACACUACGCGACAGAGUUUACGAGAGCAGAGACCGUUUGCGAGAGGAAGCCCGCUCCCAUGCGACUAUGACAGUUGAGCUACCGGCCUGCCUAUCCUGGGACGCAGUAUGGCUCGAUAAUCACAAGCAACUGAUCGCGCGACACUGGCUGGCGAUUCAUUGUGCUUUCAGAAAGAAGCGCUCCGAGUUUGGGGUAUUUCAACUCGCGUCGUGGUUCUCAGCCUUGGCAUUUACCACUGAUUACGACACACGCUCCAUGAUCGAGGUUCUUUUUGCCAUUGCUUCAAUCCCGGAUGUUGCUUCUGUUGCGCCACCAGCCAAAACAGAUCAGUACAAUCUGUCCAUGGGCUACUCUUUUGUCAAACAUCUCAUCACCAGCGACGUAGAGAGCGGUGGGUAUGGUUAUCGUAAUUCGGCGGAGGCCAAACUCUCCAUCCUUCCCCAUGAGGAAGAGUGGGAUGCAAGUACGCGUCGACAUACCACGUACGAGCGCAACUUCAACUUCAAAGUCAAGGCGUUUAUCUCCUACCUGGAGUCUCAGUGGCCUUGUGAAAGGCCGAAAAAGCCAACAGAGAGCGAUUGCGCCGGUUUGAGGGCGUAUGUGGACGUCGAUGAGACAAUGACAGCAGUGCGGUCGAGGUGGAAGAUUUGGUAUCAAAAUCACUUAUUCUACGAAUACCUGACGAAACUUGCUGAGGCCGUAUCUCGCCAAUCAAUCGACUCGUCGACGGGCCAGUUGCCCCCACUUCCAAAGCUACCAGCCUAUAAGCUAGUCGCCAGCAACAAGGGGUUCGCUGCCACCGCGGACCUCUUUGCUCAGAACCAGCCGCCGAUAAUUAGGCCUGAGGACCGGCCUCAACUUUGCCUCAACCUGGGCCGAGCCUGUGACGACAGUGACAAACAGUCACCGUCGUCUUGCAUUCAAUCAUUUUUGAGAGGCCUUAGAGUCGGCACAUGCACAGACUUUGAGCGGAAGUACUGCAGGGACCUUGAACGUAGCUUUCGCGCUCUUCGCGAUCUUAAUAUGGACCGGAAGGAUGGCACAGAAAAUGGGCUUGCGACAUCUCCGCAAACAGAAUUGCUACUGAAGUACUGGACUGAGUGCCAAGCUUUCUUUUUGGCACAGUUCCGCUCCCUGGCUGCUCUCGAGAGCCUCGGGGCUCGGGAUGGGGGGCUCGUCAAUAGCCCUAGAAUCUGCAGCACCUUUUUCUUGUCCCAGCUUUCAACCUCCAACUGGCAGAAGCUCCCCAUUGAGUGGAAGCAUGCUCUUAUCCAGUUUGCUUUGGCUUUGCACGACCUUCAGCGUGCUCGGAGACCGCUGCGAGCAUGCUCCUCCGGCAGCUCAGUGGAUCUUGUAAAGGAGCUGGAAAAUACCGCUCAUUCGAAAUGGGACCCUAUCGACUAUCCUCAGGCUCUGCUUAUGGAAGUCGAAAGUGACAUCACUAUCCGUUCAGUCAAAUCCGACAUUGCUCGAAAGAUGUCAAGCCCUCCGGAUAACAGAAACUCUGUUAUGCAACUCAACAUGGGAGAAGGCAAAAGCUCUGUCAUCGUACCCCUAGUGGCUUCUCUACUUGCCGAUGGGACUCAGCUGGUCCGCGUCAUUGUUGCAAAGCCGCAGUCGAAGCAAAUGUUGCAGAUGCUUUUAGCCAAGCUGGGUGGGCUGUUGGAUGUUCACGUCUUUCAGUUACCUUUCUCGCGGGCUCUGCGCCUCGAUCCGGCCAAAGUCAACGACAUCGCUGCGGAUCUCAAUCGCUGUAUGCGGAAGGAUGGCAUUCUCCUGGUACAGCCUGAGCAAAUACUCUCGUUUAAGCUUAUGGGCCUUGAGUGCCUCAUCAAUGGAAAAGAAUCUAUUGGUCGUACUCUCCUUAAGGGACAGCAGUUCUUUGACGAAAAUUCUUGUGACAUUGUAGACGAGAGCGACGAGAAUUUUAGCGUCAAAUUCGAGCUGGUUUACACAAUGGGAACUCAGCGCCCGAUUGAUUACAGCCCAGGCCGGUGGAGACUUGUGCAAGAUGUCAUGGACGUUGUCAGGGAUGUCGCACCUUCAGUUGCUCAGGAGGUGCCGGCGUCUCUGGAAAUUCACAAUCAGUUCGGCAUGGGCAGCUUCCCUCGUCUUCGGAUCCUCAAGGCCAAUGACAAGCAGGCGCUAGUUCAGGAAGUAGCAUCUCGGAUCUGUGCAACAGGCCUUUCUGGACUGCCGAUCGCUCGGCAGAAUGAGAAGUCACGGGCAGCUUUGCUGACAUAUCUCACAAAGGUCAAGCUUACUCCAGCCGAGAUCAAUGCAGUUGAAUGUGCGCAACAAGGCGGGUUUUGGUCCGAUGCUACCAAAGCACCAUUUCUUUUGCUUCGAGGUAUCCUUGCUGGCGGAGUCCUUGCAUUUACUCUUGCCCAGAAACGCUGGAGAGUCAACUAUGGUCUAGACCCGAUGCGACAGCCUCCCACGCGCUUGGCUGUACCAUACCGUGCCAAGGACUCGCCCUCGCCUCGCUCAGAGUUCUCGCAUCCAGAGGUGGUGCUUCUUCUGACAAGUUUGAGCUACUACUACGGUGGCCUCAGUGGUGAGGACCUUUUUGUGACGUUUGGACAACUUCUCAAAUCGGACCAACCCGACCAGGAGUACAACGCCUGGAUUGCAGAUGCGCCUAACCUUGACUCUAGUUUCCACCAUCUUGAAGGAGUUAAUAUUAAGGACAAGCCCCAGUGCGUGCAGCUGCUUUCCCCGAAGCUCCGAUACGCAAAAGCGGUCGUGGACUAUUUCCUGGGACAUGUUGUGUUUCCGAAAUAUAUCAAAGAAUUCCCAAGCAAGUUGAGUGGAUCGGGCUGGGAUAUCGGACAGGUGAAAACACGACCUAUCAGCGGUUUCAGUGGGACAAACGACGCUCGAGAGCUUCUUCCUCUCUCUGUCACGCAUUUGGACCUCCCAAGCCAGAAGCACACUAAUGCGCUGGUCCUAGAUUAUCUUUUGAAGGACGACAACCAUGUGUCUCUGAUCCCGCAUCGGACCACAACUGGUAGCGAUGCGGAUCAGUUGCUUACUAUGGUGAUGAAGAUGCAGCAAGAGGUGCAGGUCCUACUAGAUGUGGGCGCACAGAUCCUCGAGCUAGGAAAUUUGCAAGUUGCGAAGCAGUGGCUUCGCAUGCAUCAGGAACAGGGGCCUGCCUCGAACAAGCAGGCAUGUGUUUACUUUGAUGACGAUGACAACCUCUGCGUGGUUGAUAUUCGCGGCAAGAAAGAGCUUCGUCAGACCAGCCCGUUUGCGAUUGCACUUGAUGUUUGCCUAGUAUUCCUGGAUGAGGCUUAUACUCGUGGCACUGAUUUGAAGCUGCCCGACAACUCUCGGGCCGCCGUCACAUUGGGGGCCAAUUUGGCUAAGGAUCGCUUGGUUCAGGCCUGUGAGAAUGCGCAAGCUAGGGAAGGGCCAGACUGUCGUCUUUUGCAUUCCGCCCGAGAUCAGGGUCAAGAUCCUCCAGAAGGUUCACAAGGAUGAGGACGAUAGCAUCAGCUGGCUGAUGUUCUGCACUGGGCAAUCACCGAGACUUGGGCUGACAUUCAGCGCAGCAUACCGCUGUGGGCGGUGCAAGGUCGUCGUUUUGGUCACCAGAAGCACCUCUGGGACCAGUCCCAAAAUGGAAACCUGAGUGUUACCUCCAUGUCACCUCAGCAAGCCAUCAAAUUCCAGGAGGAAGAAGCACGGAUGAUUGAGGAUCUUUACAAGCCGGGCGAGCGCCAGUCAAAUCCUUGUUGUGCAGAUGCCUCCAGCCACAAGGGCGCGGCCAGCAUAGUCAAGCACUGCGCGCAGUUCGGCCAGGUCAACUUCGAUUCGGCUGUCCUGCAGGAAGAGCAGGAGCGCGAGCUUGCUCCUGAAAUCGAGCAGGAACGGCACGUUGAGCGCCCGCGACCUGCAAAGCCAGUCACGCACAAACUCGACCCCGUUGUCGUCAACUUUGCCAAGACUGGGGAUCUACCCGCCGGGUCUACGUCUUUCAAGCCUGCUUCAAAUCCCUGGAGCUACUCACCGCGGCCAAGCUUAUACCCAAAUUGAGCGAGUUUCCUCAAGAUGUGUUAGUCACUCUGGACUUUGCCAGUACUGUCAAACUCGAGGCGACGGCCAAGCAAGACUAAUAUCUUCGCCCUGUCCAGUGGGUUCUGACAAGUACGGGUGGUGCCGACCGCACCUCAAGUAUCGUGCAGCACCUCGUCAUCAUCAGUCCUUUUGAGGCGCAGGCUUUACUGGCCACUAUCAGGAAAAACGCCAAAACCACAUUGCAUCUGUAUGCACCACGGUCAACGCUUGGGUUUGAGAGCCUUGAAGAUCUUCGCCUCUACCCCACGCCUGCUCUUCCAGCCGAGUGGUCCGUGCCUAGGCAUUUGGUCCUCCAGCUAAACCUCUUUGCCGGCCAACUCUACAUCUCCUCCUUUGCUGACUACACUGCGCUUUGUGACAUGCUGGGAUUGGACUGGGAAGGUGGUGGGAAAGACGGGAUGGUGGUCUGCGCAGACCGCUUCGUCGACCCGGCAUCGAACCCUGGAAAGAUCCUCAAACAUUCCUUUAAAAGUAGUCCCGUCAGCUUCCUCAAAGUGUACCUCACCAAGGUCCGUCGCGACUGCGAGUCGAUCGAAAAGACCCAUAUGGGCAAGAUCCUGAACGCUGUCAUUUUGCGACCCGAGGACUUUUAAUCUGAGACAGGUGGAUAACCAUGGUCUGGGAAACAAGUCUAAUCGCUGUGGUCAGAUGAAUUGGGCGCUUUUUUUCUCUUUCUAUUUUCUUCGAGGCAGGCUUCGGUAUUUCUCAACCGCUGCAAUAAUGGGAUGGAUUUCAGCAAUCGGCAACCACGGACGCGGAGUUUUAUUUGAGUAGAAUUUAUGUGUUCGGAGAGAGAAAGGCGUGCAUGUAGACGUGAUAGGCAAAGUUGGUCAGCUAAGUGAACUAGCUACAGUCUAUAACGGAUGAGGUCACCCGUAGUAUAUCGGCACAUAUAGAAAAUUGAAGCAUGUGCUCCAUGCUGUGCACACCUUCUG